GAGAGAGAGAGAGAGAGUGAGCAGAGUGAAGCUGAACAGUGAGCGGGUUGAGCAGCAGGAGUACUUCUGUCCUCUGUGCUGAGAACGAUCCAGUCUCAAGUGUCACUGAGAGCAAAGAGUCUGCAGGACCUUGUCCCAAAAGAAAGAAGAAAAAGAAAAAGAAGGACAGCCUUUUCUGACUCCAGGAUGAUCUAUCACCUUUCAAACCAACACAAAGUCUGAAGCUGCUCCGGCUCAAACAAAUCAUUGCCUCUGAAGGAGGAAUAAAGGAAGAAGAAGAAGAAGAAGAAGAAGAGGGGGAGUAAAAGUCAGUCCAUCAACAAAUGUCUAAAUCAGGCACAUUUGGGGACCAUUGGAUGUAUUGUCCCUUCUGAAAACCAGGCGAAAAGAGGAAUAAAGAAGAAAAAGUGAGGCGAGAAAAGAGAGAAAAGGUCUUCAUUGUAAGAACAACCUAAAGAGGAUGUUGGCAUUUGUUGCACACACUCAGAUGCAAAGAAAAGAGAUAAAGAGAUGAGAAAGCAGAAGAUUUAAAGACGAAAAUUACGAUUGAGUAACGGAAGAGAAGCACAACCACAAGUGUCUGGUUUUGCACAAAGAAUCCACAAAAAGGAGGAAUAAAGCAGAAAAAAAGAGGAAGUUUCUUUUCGGUGUUAUUGAUCUAAGAUGUCAGUGAACAACAUCGUUUGAACUUCAUUUUUUUAAGUCCGGAUCAACACGGAAGAAAAAUACAGAUGGAAUAUCAGCUUGUCAGCUGAAAGGACAAUCAUUUAUUUUAACUUUAGAAUUAAAAACUUUAAUAAAUUAGUUUGAAAGAGAGGGAAGAAAACAGGAUAAGAGUCUAAAUUUGCCAUUGGCUGAAGACAGAGGCGCAGGAAAAGUUAAAGGAGACAACAAAAAAAGUUGAAGGAAGCUACAGAAACGCAGUAGUGAAAAGUCAGACGUGUGGGCAUGAAAAGGAUGCAGAGGUAAAAAGGGAAAAGAAAAAUAUCACGGAAAAAGAGGAAAAGAAGGUUUGUAGUGGACACAGAGAAGAAAAGGAAUAAUCAAGGGGAAAAAAGGCAAAAAGGAUGACCCAAGGCAAAAAGAAAGAGUGACGAGUAAAAGGAGGACAAUUCAUUGGAUCAGGGAGGACUGAAGAACAGAAAUAGAAACUUAAGGCCAAACAAUAAAAGGAGGAAAAAAAAACUUUAAAAAGGGAAGGGACCCAGGUGUUACAAUGAGGGUUCUGGUGCUUCUUGCAGCUCCUCUCUCCAUCCUCAUCCUCCACAUUGCAGUGGUGGCCCCAGCAGGCGGCAUGGCCCCGAGCCGUCUGGAGAUCUGGGUCCGCUCAGGCCUCCAGUCGCUGCAGUGGGACCAGCUGGACCGGUGCCUGCGCAUGUCCUCACUGUCUGAGGCCGAGUGCAGGAGAGUACCCCAUCUGCCACUGUCCGCCGUGGCUGUCUACGUAUCGGAGCCACGCACCGCUGCAGGUAAAGCAAACAAAGUUCUGGCUAUCCUGCCGGACUCCUCAGGGGGCUCGAUGAGCUCCAAACCACGAGGAGGUUACAGCGUCAGCCAGGUGCUGAAUGGAGGGGUAGGUUCCCACAGACCUCAGCAGCCAUUCCCCGGGUCCACGGCCCAUGAUGCCGUGCUGGUGCUGGACCCGAGCCCAGGGGAGAACUUUGGGCACCCAGUGGUCCUAUUCUAUGUGGAUGUAAACGUGACGAAGAAGCGAUGCUCCCACCUGGAUGGAAUUUACCUAGGCGAGGAGUGUUUGACUCUUGCUUUAAAGGGUCGUUGUCAGAACCAGCUGAAGCGUCGGCAAGCCGGGCCAGAGAGGCUUAUGGGUAAUGGACAGGGUCGUCUGGCAGGUGGGGCACUGCGCAGUAGUACCACGAGUGGUGGUAGCCGUCUGGUGGAGCGGGCCGUUGGAGGGCUUUGUGAAGUCCACUUCCUUCCACUGGUGGUCGAAGUCGGAGACAGCAACCGGACACAGAGACUCAGAUGUGUUGACCACGCAGAGUUUGCAAGGUGCCCUCAGCCACUGCCCAUGGGCUCGCCCAUCAUGCCCGUUUCAAGCUGUGAGCUAAAUAAAAACACCAGACGCUGCCACCAGCAGCCACUGGCCACUCACCUCUCCUGCCGUCUCUACCAGACGUGUGACCACGCUGUGCUCCUCUCAGGAGGCUGGCAGCAGCAGAUGACGUUCCAGCGUCAUGUUCAGAAUCUUCUGAGGUUCUACAGAAUGCUGCAGAACAACGGCUUCCAUAAAGAACACAUCAAGACCUUCUUCGCCAGCAGUGGACAGCUUCCUGAGGAUGUAGAGGGUGUGUACUCAGCAACAGAGAAAGCGGUGAUUCGUAACCACGUGUCGUACAUCUGCAGGAAGCAGCACUGUGCUGACACGCUGGUUCUCUACCUGAACUCACCAACACGCAACGACGGCACCAUGCUGCUGUGGGACGCCAACCGCAAUGGCAUUGCUGACCUGAAGGAGCGGUACUCAGUCAACGAACUGCUGGCCGACCUGGCCGGCUGCAGGGCGACUCGUGUGUUGCUGUUUGUGGAUCAAAGCUACAGUGGUGUUCUGUCCAAGAGGCUGCGAGGGUCCCAGAAACACCUCAACGUGGUUCUGAUCCAGAGCCAGACGCGGCAGAGCCACAACCACCAGAGGUUGAACCCAGGCUGGGAGGACAGCGGCUGGUCCCACAUCAGCCCUUUUAGCUGCCUGCAAGACCACCUGGCAAAGGGUACAAGGAUGUCUCGCCUCCUGGAGCCGUGGGCUGGCCUUUUAAACGUGACGCUGGCCGGCGCCCCCUGCAAUGCUACGCCGCCUCUAACUGAUGGCGAGAUGCGUCGAGAGUACCAGGGCUGCCAGAACCUGCCCACCGCGCUCUGGCACCAGAAACAAAGGAGGACCAACUGAGAGAGAGGGAGAGAGAAAGAGAGACACAGAGAAAGACAGAGAGAGAGAGAGAGAGAGAGAGACUGAGACUUCCUGAUACAGAGAGAGGGAGAGAGAGAGGGA